CCUAGAGAAAUAGCAAUCCCAUAAUUUUAUAAGACGACCACAAGUAUUUUACAGCGAGAACUUGGCCAAAACGGUCAAAACUAUAAAGAUUCUGGCUUCAGCUUUUAUCAACGUGUAUUAGAAAAAUGCCAACACGUCAACGGCCAAUUCAGAGAUUUGCUGCUGCGGUUUCACGAUGCUCUACCGAGGCAACGGUAUACGGAAAAUGCAUCGUGGAAGAAUAUAACGCGGUCCACAAAGAUAAAUGCGUCAAUGAGUUUCUCAAGUUAAAAGACUGUGUCUUGAAAGCGUCAAAACAGGCUAGGUGACUGCAGUAACAUUGAGGUUUCCAUCUAGGGGCUAUG